ACGAUCACUGCUUGGGCGCCGUUCUCUUCCUCUACGCGAAGAGCCCUACAACACUAUGUCAGUACGUGGCACAAUCCCACUGGCUUAUUUGGGGUUUAUCACUUUUUUAGGGUUCAUAGGGUUAGGGUUUAAGGUAGCGCCCACAAUGCUCAAGCAGGUGAUUGCGCGCGGCGUUACACAAUCCGCGCCGACCUUGCUGCGACGAUCCACAUUCGCGCGAAACCUUUCCCAGUCUGCCGCUGCAUUGCAAGAGCCGGCGGCAGCGGCAGUGGACAAGAAUGCGGCGAUUCGCGAGGAGAGGAUUUUGCGCAUGGAGGCCUAUGUCCGCAAGUAUUGGGCCGAGAAAGGAUGUCUUCCAAAAGCUUACAUCCUGACAAAACAGUUUGGCGGAGCUAGAACAAUCGCCCCCAAGGUGCUGGAACGCCUAGAGCCGGAGCUAAAUAAGAACGGCGUUCCGGACGCUGCUGCUAGUUCUAAGCCAGCGACGGCUCUCAAGUCAUCGCCAGCUUCAACGCAAAAGGCUUCUAGCGACGGUCCAGCCAACAUGAGUGUAGCAACUUCGACUUCUCAUAUUGCGGCUAGUACUCCCUCUCCUGGUUCAAGCACGCCGUUAAGCUCCAAAACAACGAGUUCAGAAACUGGCGUGAAGGAUCAGGGAAAGAAGGAGGUCCAAGCAGCAGCGGAAGUAAAAGAACCGGCCUUCAGUUUGUGGGAGAAGCUCCACAGCAUUGCGUCGGCGAAAGCGACUCCAACGCGUUCGUCUCAAGCGCCAUCGGCUCGGCCUGCUAUCACGCCGCCGCCGCCUCCAAGGCAGUCAGCUGCAUGCGACUCAACUGAAGAAGACGAUAGCGAAAGUGAGAGCAGCGACAGUGAGGUGGAUUUGCCGGCGGGGUCCGAGGACAAGAAUCCAGCACAACCUUUGCUUCGAAGUGAUUUGCAACCGAGGCAUGGAUUAUACAUAAAGUUCCUCGCUCCUCAAGCGACAGAGUCGGAUGUCAAGGCCGCUUUUCGGAGCUGUGGAGACAUUCAUAGGAUCCAAAUCGUUCGAAGUCGAAAUCCUGGCGCAAAGUACAUCUAUGGUUUUGUGGAUUUCACGACUGAAGAGGCACUAAACUCUGCGCUGAAAAAGGAGAUCAUUAUCAGGGGCAUCAAAGUUCAAACCGAACCUUCAAAGAACGGAGCUCCGAAAGAGAAACAACAGAAGCAAGAGUCUGACUCGGACGAUGACGCUGCAAAGUCGAACAAAAACAAAACAAGCUUAGCAGUUACAAAGACUAUGGACGAUCUGGCCUUGGCCCCCGAAAAGAGGCGAUGCACUCUAGCCCUCGAGAGCAUACCACAUGCAAGCCUUCCUCAGAUCAUCGAUGCCUUGGGGCAGUAUGGAGAAGUCGUCAACUCACAGACAAAGCAUAGCUCUGGCGGAAACACGACUGCGUACGUUGAAUUCAAGAGCGAGAUAGAAAAGGAUACCGCUUUGGCAGCUUCUAAAGUGAUCCUUGGUGGGAAAUCCCUGAAACUGACCAGAGUCGAUAUUCCUCUAACGACAGUAGUAAGGCUAUCUAAUAUCCCAGCAGAUGCACGUGAAAAGAUCGCGAGCAGCUAUAAAUCUUACGGACAAGUCGACAAGGUUGAUCCCCGGAUGGAUGGCGUCGUGGACAUUUAUUACAGCGCGUCUGAGAUAAAAAACAUGGCGAAAAUCCUGGACAAGUUGAACGGAUUGCACGUAAGUAGAAGAAAGCUGCGAGCGAUGCCUGCUCCAAUAAGCUAUCCAAAAACAAUGGCGGAGCUCGCUGGUACGCCGCAGGGAUUGAAGUGGCUCGAGUCCCAAAGGGAGCUCGUGAGGAAGAACUUGGAGAUCUCUCUUGCGAAAGCAGCCAUGUAUAGCCGGGAUUUCGAGCAGCUCCUCACAACGACGUCAGUUCCAGCCAAGUAGAUCGCCUCCAAUUGAGUCAAGGUAGUGGAGCAAGCAAUCAAUCGAACGCAGACACUGACCACGAAGUAAAUCGAGAAGAGUUUUUUUUUUUUUGUCCUUUAAAUUGCUCUAAAGUUUUGGCGUCUUUUUAAGCUGCGCAUCGAAGAGCUAUUAGAAGAAGAGAAGGAUGUGAUAGCAACCUUUGCAAGAUAAAUCGUUUUCAAAGGUA